GACUCCCCCUCCCCCAGGUCCCUCCUGAGUCCCCUGAAGAUGCCCUGGAAGCAAGUUUGAGAGUUCAGGGGGAAGGUCAGGAAGUCUUCCAGGGUAGCUGUUCCUGGCUUCUGUUGGUGUUGGUUAGAGGAACCAGCAGAGAGCUAGAGAGCCCAUCUCCCAGUCCUGGAUUCCCCCCAGCACCCCAUGGCCCUGAGAUUGGACCUGCCUGACCACGCUCAGCUUGUCCUGGAGGGACACUCACAAGCCCCCUCUACCCCAGAGGCUGAACCAGCAGCUCGUGCCACCCCUCUGACUGCCCCUUGGAGCCCAUCCAGCCCAGCUUGACCAAUGUCCACAGCCAGGGAACAGCCCAUCUUCAGCACACGGGCGCAUGUGUUCCAGAUCGACCCAGCUACCAAGCGGAACUGGAUCCCUGCGGGCAAACACGCGCUCACCGUGUCCUACUUCUAUGAUGCCACCCGCAACGUCUACCGAAUCAUCAGCAUUGGGGGUGCCAAGGCCAUUAUCAAUAGCACUGUCACCCCCAACAUGACCUUUACCAAAACCUCCCAGAAGUUUGGACAGUGGGCAGACAGUCGUGCUAACACUGUCUACGGCCUUGGCUUUGCUUCUGAACAGCAUCUGACCCAGUUUGCUGAGAAGUUCCAGGAAGUGAAGGAAGCAGCGAGACUGGCGAGGGAGAAAUCUCAGGAUGGCGGGGAGCUGACCAGUCCAGCCCUGGGGCUGUCUACCCACCAGGUGCCCCCGACCCCCCUCGUCAGCGCCAAUGGCCCGCCCAGCGACGAGAAACUGUUCCGUAGUCAAAGCGCUGAAGCCCCUGGCCCAGCAGAACGAGAGCGGCUCAAGAAGAUGCUGUCAGAGGGCUCUGUUGGCGAGGUACAAUGGGAGGCCGAGUUCUUCGCGCUGCAGGACAGCAACAACAAGUUGGCGGGCGCCUUGCGGGAGGCCAACGCAGCCGCAGCGCAGUGGAGGCAGCAGCUGGAGGCCCAGCGUGCAGAGGCCGAGCGGUUGCGGCAACGGGUGGCUGAGCUGGAGACCCAGGCAGCCGCAGAACCAACCCCAGUAAGUGAGAAGGAGGGGCCAAGCCAGGCGCUGGAGCAGCUGGAGUCCCUAGUGCAAACCAAGGACCAAGAGAUCCAGACACUGAAGAGCCAGGCUGGUGGACCUCGAGAAGUCCCUGAUGCAGUGGAGCGAGAGGAAACACAGCAGAAGGUGCAGGAUCUGGAAACCCGAAAUGUGGAGUUGGAGCACCAGCUGCGGAUGACAGAGCGCAGCCUCGAGGAGGCUCGGGCUGAUCGGGAGCGGACAAGGGCUGAGCUGGGCCGAGCUGCACAGCUUUUGGAUGUCAGGCUGUUCGAACUGAGCGAGCUUCGGGAGGGCCUAGCCCGCUUGGCUGAGGGUGCGCCCUGAGCCCAGCCUGGCAGGCAGUCCUCAUAGGAGCUGAGGCCUAUUCGAGGUUUUAUACAAAUGCUUUCUGUCUGGGGUAUGGGCUGGCUGCAGGCGGUCCAGCAGGCCAUUUGCCCUGGCAGGGACUGGGGCAACUCAGCCCCCAGGAGGGCCUGGUGGCUCACAGCUCAAGGUCUGGGGCUUUUCAUUGUAUAGGAUUUCUGGAAUCCUCAGGGCACAUGCUAGUGCCUAGAUUACAUUUCUAAGCAUG